CCACGAACAGAAAACCCUAAAGCCGAGCCUAUCCGAUCCAAAUCCUAGUCUUGGGGCGACGCCUCCGCGCGCAUUCUUUUGUGCCCACCGGCGAUCUCUUGGGGCUUCCUAGCCUCCUCGUUCCUUCCCAACCUCGCGUUCCCGAUCCCGGAUUAAGGUCUUUAAAGGUGUUUGCAGCCGGCCGUCAUGGCUACUCGGAUUCAGUUUGAGAACUCUUGCGAAGUUGGAGUGUUCUCAAAGCUGACAAAUGCCUACUGUUUGGUUGCAAUUGGAGGAUCAGAGAACUUCUACAGCAUUUUUGAAGCUGAGUUGGCUGAUGUUAUCCCUGUUGUCAAGACAUCUAUUGGAGGCACUAGAAUAAUCGGGCGACUUUGUGCUGGCAAUAAGAAAGGACUUCUUUUGCCGCACACCACCACCGACCAAGAGCUCCAACAUCUGAGGAAUAGUCUACCUGAUCAGGUGGUGGUUCAGCGAAUAGAUGAAAGAUUGUCUGCUUUAGGCAAUUGCAUAUCCUGCAACGACCAUGUUGCUCUUACACACCCUGAUCUGGACAAGGAUACCGAAGAGCUCAUUGCUGAUGUACUUGGUGUAGAAGUAUUCCGGCAGACUGUUGCUGGCAACAUACUGGUUGGAAGUUACUGUGCAUUUUCAAACAGAGGGGGCCUGGUUCAUCCGCAUACAUCCAUGGAAGACCUUGAUGAGCUCUCAACUCUUCUCCAAGUACCCCUGGUCGCCGGAACAGUGAAUCGAGGCAGUGAGGUCAUUGCUGCAGGUAUGACAGUGAAUGACUGGACAGCUUUCUGUGGAUCCGACACCACAGCAACAGAGCUCUCUGUCAUUGAAAGCGUCUUCAAACUCAGGGAAGCCCAGCCAAGCUCUAUUGUGGAUGAGAUGAGGAAGUCUCUCAUCGACAGUUACGUAUAAGAUCUUUAGUUUUUGGGACGUGCAACUCUUUUGUCACCCUAGUUGUUGAAGAUGUAUCUUCAUUUUCGUCAAUAUCCUCAAAACUAUUUAUAUGCGAGUGCUUGGUUUUCUUUGUAACCUAGUGGAGAUGUUAAGGAAAUGUCAACUAUUUAUCUC